CUGUGCAUAAUUCCAAUUGUGAAGGUCACACAUAGGCAGUCACCUUCUUUGAUUAUCAUGUUAGCCACUAAGUGAGAGCACUUAAAUCCAGAAAAUAUUGAAAUGGUUAAAGAAUUCAUCUACUUUCUGUUUUCAACCAAUCUUCUUCACUCAUAAUCAAUCAUCAGUUGUUCAUUACUGUGUUUUAUAGAAUGUGACGCUGUGACUGGGCGACAGGGAGCAGGCUGAUUAAACUACUACUACUACUGUACAUGUAUUUAACAACAGUCUAGCAGGAUUCUAUAACAUACGUUUCCUACUAUCUAAGGUUUACAUUGAUACUAUUUAAGCAUGAUGACGGUGUUAUAUAUUGGCAGGCGAAUUUGAUUUUGAAAAUGAUGUUGUACAUCAAAAUGGAGUGGACUAUUUGACAGAUGCUGGCAGCAUUAUCCCGUAAAUUAGCCAGCAUUUGUCAAAAGUCCCUCGGUUGUGGAUCCAAAAAGCCAUUUUAAUGCCAGCAACUGUGUGCCACUGUUUCGUUGGAAACUCGUCGCUUUGUGAUGCUGCAGAAGCCUGCCAGUGUAGCCCAGACAAGAUGGCUAACUCAACCCCGACACGAUCCAAAAAGGAUCCCCUAAAUUGUAACCAAACUGGGGAACAAGAGGAGCAUUCAAUAUCCGAAGAUAUCACAUUUCGCAAGGCUUGCAAUGGCUCUGUAAUAUUUAAGAGCAACAGGCAUCCGCAUAGUGCAUUUAAACAGUUGAAUGAGCUCCGGCAGUCAAAGACAUUAUGUGAUGUAACGCUAGUAGUCGAGACUGUCAAAUUCCAUGCUCAUAAAUGUGUUCUAGCGGCGUCAAGUCUGUACUUCAAAGCAAUGUUUACCGGUGGAUUUGAUGAAUGCGAGAAAAGGAACAUUGAGCUCAAAGAUAUCCACCCAUGUUGUUUCUCGCAGAUAAUUGACUUUAUGUACACAUCUGAAAUAACGAUAACAGAAUGCAACGUAUUGGAGCUGCUUCCAAAGGCUAUUAUGUUUCAUCUAAAGGACGUUAUAGAUGCAUGUAGCAUGUUUUUAGAACAAGAACUAGAUCCAAGUAAUGCAAUUGGUAUUUCACUCUAUGCUGAGCAGCAUGGUCUUAUGGACUUGCAACAGAAGGCUCGGGACUUUGUGUGCAGGAAUUUUAACAAAGUCAGCGAGAAUGAUGAAUUCCUUAAUCUAAACCUAAGAGAGAUUGUAACGUUAAUCAAACACGACAAACUGAAUGUCUGGUGUGAAUCAGAAGUAUAUAACGCAUGCAUCAGAUGGGUGAGGCACGACGAGGAGAAACGCAAAGCCUGUUUUGACAAACUGUUAGGCGGUGGAAUCCGCUGUGAGCAUCUCACCCCAGACUUCCUAAGAAAACAAUUGGAAAAAUGUGACAUUCUGAAAUCAGAUCCAAAAUGCAAAGACAUUCUGUCAAAAUACUUUAAAGAAUUAACUUUACAUAAGCCACCGCCAAGACCGAAGAGAAAUCCUAUCGCAGCAUGUGUUAUAUACACUGCUGGCGGAUACUUGCGUCAGUCUUUAACGAACAUGGAGUGCUAUUGUCCCGAGGACGAUCGUUGGUACCGAUUAGCAUAUCUUCCAGAACCACGCAGCGGCUUAAGCGCUGCCACAAUUCAUGGAUUUUUCUAUGCAGUCGGUGGUCGGAACAAUACUUCAGAAGCAAAUACAGACUCAAAUCGUUUAGAUGUUUAUAAUCCGUUAACAAACCAGUGGCAUAGUAGAGCGCCAAUGUCAGUGCCUAGGAAUCGUGUCGGUGUAGCAGUUCUUGACGGUCAGUUAUAUGCAGUUGGAGGCUCUCAAGGAUGCCAUCAACACAGCUCAGUUGAAAGGUAUGAUCCUGAUAAAGACAGAUGGGAAUCAAUAGCGUCAAUGAAGACGCGUCGACUUGGUGUUGUCUGUGCUAUUGUAAAUCGUCUGUUAUACGCUGUAGGAGGAUACGACGGCCAAUACCGUCUUUCUAGCGUCGAGUGUUACCAUCCAGAAAAUGAUGAGUGGAUUAGCGUUUCACCAAUGAAUACGAAGAGAAGUGGUGCUGGUGUUACAAGUUUAGGAGAUCACAUAUAUGCUGUUGGUGGAUAUGACGGCACAAAUCAGUUAAAUAGUGUUGAGCGAUACGAUGUAGAGACAGACACAUGGGAAUUCAUCGCACCAAUGAAUUCAAGGCGAAGCGCCCUCAGUGUUGAUGUUGUUGGUGGAAAGCUAUAUGCUUUAGGUGGUUAUGAUGGUCAUGAAUUUUUAUGCUCGGUGGAGUGCUACGAUCCAGAGACAGGUAAAUGGACUGUUGUUACAAAUAUGACAUCGGGACGUAGCGGUGCUGGUGUGGCGGUCGGGAUGGAGCCCUGUAGGACAGGAUUAUGUGGAGUCCGACGUGGUGGACUGUCUGUGACUACAAAUCCAUGAACAUGAACUUUAGUCACAACUGAGUGGUUGCUGCAAGAAUUUAAGAAUGUGAAGCCAAUUUUACAUACUGACUAUACAAUUAUCAUGUUAUAGUAACUACUAUCGCAAUGUUACUAUCACACAGCUAUCAUCAUUCUAUGAGAACCUAAUAUUGGUUCAUUUUGUUUUCUCCUGAACAACUUACUGUACAAUGACCGGUACUGAUAAAAUCUUUUUUGAUCAUGCAGUGGUUUUUUUUCUGGAGAAGUAUUAUAUAAAUUAUCGUUGCGAUUUUUACUAAUAAUCUGUCAAGUUAUCAGUUGCUGUAUUUUCCUUAAAGAGAAAUGGAAAAGUUCACAUAUUCAACUUAAUAUUAACAUUAUACUGUAUCAUAAUAUUUCAGCAGACCAGUGUGACAUUUUCCAAAUUAUGCAAUAUUUAAUAAUGUAAAUGAAAUGUUUUAGUAUUCCCUAUACCUUGAAUCUUUCUUCCAAGCAGAAACUAUAUUCUAAUGAUUUUUUAAAUUUGUUAACUGUUGCCCUCAGCUUAAAGAAGUAUCUAGUAAAAUUUAUGAAGGGGUUUUUCAGUUGGGUCUUAAGUUUUGAUAUCAUUUAUGGAAGAAAAAUUUUUUUGAUCGUUCCGUUUCUUUGAACCUAAAAAUGCUGUGUAUGUAAGCCUUGCCUUCUAGUAUACCAUCACAACCUAGUACCAUCUUAGACAACUUUCAUGUAGAGUAUGCAACCUAUAUUGCUAAAAUUGUCUGAUGUUUUCUUGUUGUUGGUGUUUAUAUUUUAUGAUAAAUAUUGCGUAGAGCACUCAGAGUUCAUUAUGAUUAGUUUCCCAAGAAGGUCAAUUGUACUUUAAUUGUCGCGCUUAAAACUGUAUUUAUAAGCUCAAUAAAUUUGCUGACAUCACUACUGACAAGGCAUAAGAAAGGAAAGAUCCUAUUCACCUGGAUUUAGAAGGGAGGUCAUCAGGUCCCUAUAAACUUUCCUAGCAAAUUUAAAAUUGGAUAAUUUUAUUAGAUGUAGCACCUUAAUCAAUGCCUGGCUUAUAUUCUUCCUAUUACAACAACUUUCUCAAAUUCCACAAAUGACUUCGCACAACGUAUUGGCAAAAUAUAUAUUAUCCAAUUUAUAAAAACUCAGAAUCAAACAGAUUCCUGCAGAUAUUAAAUAUAUUCAUAUUUGUUUUAUAUUUAUUUUUUAUAAAGUAAACUGUUAAUUAUUAUUUUUUCUUCUGUAAAUUUUAAUGACAAACUGGUGAUGCCGGACUUGCCAGGCUAGGUGUGGAUCGAUCGAUGUAGAUUGUGAUUCAAUAUUGUUAAAUUUAUAUUAUGUAACAAACUAUAUUUUUACUAUGUAAAGAUGAGUUUAUAUUAUUAUUUUGUUUUCACAAAAACUUAAGACAAUCAAGUUAAGAAAUAAAAAAUCAUUGAUUGUAUUUGUUUGCGUUCAGAGAUAAAAAGUAAUCUGGGAUUUUUUAACUUUUCGUCGACACAAUGUACGCAUGAGCGAACAUGAUCAUUCGCCUGUGACUUAAAUUCUAAUUGGGACCUAUCGUCGCAGACACGUCUUAUGACCAAUCAAAAAGUGGACUCAAUUGAUCUAGCCAGCCUGCUAGCCAGCCUGCUAGCUGUACUGCGAUGUGCUCUUGCAUUUCGGUUCGCUAGUGCACCAACGCAAAUCUUAAACAUACAGUGCCUGAUUACUUGUUGUCUUAGAACUAAAACAAACUGAUUCUUAUAGCAUGUGUAGACUAUGUACGGUGGUUUUUAUAUAAUUUCAAACCACCUAUACAUUGUGGAAGGUAUAAUUCCUGAAAAAAUUAAAAGCAAUAAUUAAAAGGUUGUUAUUUUUCAAAUUUAUCUUGCAAUUAUGAAAAUGUAUUUAAAGUUUUCCUUUUGGAGUACAGUAUAAGUAUGAACGUACAUUAUUUAUAACAUUAUCGCAAGUUGAUAACUACGGAAAUUAUGAGAUUGACAAGGGCUAAAUUUUACCUGUUUGUCAAAUAUGAAUUUGUUUUGGUGUUUUAAAAUAUUUAAAAAGUUCUGCCUUUAAAUAUUUGAGCAGGAGAAUGUGGUGCUUGAGUAAACUAUUCCUUGAUAUUUGUAGGAAUUAACGGCAGGAGGAGUAGGUGGUAAUGUUAAUAAUUGAACGAUUAAAAGUCCAACCAAUUUUGGUAAGAGAAAAAUUGGUGUGAUGCUUGGGUGUAUAUUAUAAUCUGAUGAAGUGGAUCAGAAAGUGUACUGUAUCUAAUUGUUGUUAAAUAAUCCAAAAAUGUAAAAUUAUGUAUAUUGUAGCUUGAGAAGGGUUUUGAUAGGCUCAACAUAUACAGCUCUUCCAUGUUUAAAAAUUCAUAUGUAAGUUAUCUUUGUAUAAUUCCAAUGAUGGUACUUGAAUUAAAAAAGCAAUUUAAUGACCAGGAA